AAGAAGCGUUGACAUUUCAUAAUGUCACCGCGGCGGCGGGGGACGGGAUCCACAUCGGAAUUGAUGGCGGUGGCGGUGGCCGUGGGCUCGCCGUGGGACGGAGUGGCGGAGUUCACGAAGGCGGCGCAGGAGAAGGGUUGCGACCCGGCGGCGUGGGUGGCCCACGUCUCGUCGGCGCUGGCGGCCGCCGGGGCCCCGCGGCCGUCGCCGGAGCUCUCGCAUCUCCUCGUCUCCCACCUCUGUUGGGGGAACAACGUCCCCCUCGCGUGGAAGUAUGUCGAGAGGGCCCUCGCCGCCAACCUCGCUUCCCCCAUGCUUCUCCUCGCCCUUCUUUCCACCAGGGCAAUUCCAAGUCGGCGUUCUAGACCGGCAGCUUAUAGGCUCUAUAUGGAACUCUUAAGGAGACAUGCAUUUUCUUUCACCUCUCAAAUUAAUGGAUCAAACUUUAAGAAGAUCAUGGUGUCAAUAGAUGAUGUUCUUCAUCUUUCCCGAACAUUUGGCAUCCAAGCAUGUGAACCAGGGGUUCUAGUUGUUGAAUAUGUUCUUUCCAUUGUGUGGCAGUUACUUGAUGCAACAUUAGAUGAUGAAGGGUUGCUGGAAUUGAUCCCAGAUAAGAAAGUCAAAUGGGCAGCUAGGCCACAGGAGAUGGAGAUAGAUGGAGAAGGCAUUUGUGAUGAAAAAAGAAACGAGCAUAAUGAGAAGCUACAGAAAAUAAAUAGUGUAAUGGCCAUUGAACUCAUUGCGCAUUUCCUGCAGCAAAAAGUAGUUUCCAGUCUGCUUUCCUUGGCACGUCGGAACAUGCCCUCUCAUUGGGGAGCUUUCACUCAAAGCUUAUCCUUGCUUGCAACAAACUCAUCAGCAUUGCGGAAUUCAACAAUAACUGUAGAAACAGUGCAGCGAUUGAUACUGGAUAAUUGCAACAAAUUUGGCAGACAAUGCAAACCUAGUCAGCACCAAGAAUUCUGCACCCUUAUUUCUUCUGGAUCCCUAAAAUUUCCUGGUGGUUACUGUCAUGGGUUUAGCCAUUCUGCACUCUGGAUUCCUAUAGAUCUGUAUCUUGAGGACUGCAUUGAUUUAUCAGUUGCAGCAACAAAUGCAAUUGAAAUUCUUAGUGGUUUGGUCAAAGCUCUCCAAGCUGCUAAUGGUACGAGCUGGCAUGAUGCUUUUUUAGGCCUUUGGAUGUCUUCUCUUCGUCUUGUACAGAGGGAGAGAGAACCUCAUGAGGGUCCUGUACCUCACCUUGACACACGAUUAUGCAUGUUACUAUCUAUUACGCCACUUUCAAUCGCUGAUAUUAUUGAGGAAGAAGAAGUUAGUUUAACUGAUGAAGCAGAAAACAACAAUCAAUGGAGAGAGAAAACGGUUGGUGGAAAGUGCCUUGAAGAGUUGGUCUCCAGUUUACAGGUACUGGGUGAUUAUGUGAGCCUGCUGGUUCCUCCUCCAUCUGUUAUCUCUGCAGCUAAUCAGGCUGCAGCAAAAGCUAUGAUGUUUGUUUCAGGCCUUUCAGUUGGGAGUGGGUAUCUGGAGAGCAUUAGCCUGAAUGACAAGACAAUAAACUGUACUGGAAAUAUGUGGCAUUUGAUCGUCGAGGCUUGUAUUUCUCGAAAUUUAUUGGACACAUCGGCAUAUUAUUGGCCAGGGUACAUCAAUGGACGGAUCAACCAGAUACCUCCUACCAUGCCUAGCCAAGUGCCUGGAUGGUCCGCAUUGAUGAAUGGUGCUCCUCUAACCUCAUCAAUGGUAAAUGCUUUGGUAGCAACUCCUGCUUCAAGUUUAGCAGAGGUUGAGAAGAUAUUUGAAAUUGCAAUCAGAGGAUCAGACAAUGACAAGGUAUCUGCUGCCACUAUUCUUUGUGGAGCUUCUCUUAUUCGUGGAUGGAAUAUUCAGGAACAUACCGUCCGCUUUGUUGUGAAGCUGCUCUCACCUCCUGUUCCUGUUGAUUAUUCUGGGAGCGAAAGCCAUUUAAUAAGCCAUAGUCCAAUGCUUAAUGUUGUUCUUACAGGGAUAUCAUCUGUUGAUUGUGUUCAAGUCUUCUCGUUCCAUGGCCUGGUUCCAGAACUUGCAGGUUCACUGAUGGCAAUAUGCGAAGUUUUUGGGUCUUGUGUUCCUAUUGUCUCGUGGCCCCUUUCAACAGGAGAAGAAAUUACUGCCCAUUCAGUCUUCUCAAAUGCAUUUAUUCUUCUCUUGAGGUUGUGGAAGUUUAAUCAUCCACCGCUUGAAUAUUGUAUAAUGGGAGAUGGAGCUCCAGUUGGGUCGCAGCUAACUCCUGAAUACCUUCUACUUCUGCGUAAUGCUAAGAUACUAUCACCUAGCAAUAUGACCAAGAACCGAAACAGCCAGAGACGACAGCCUUCAAGUAUAAGCCCAUCAUCCAUGCAUCCUAUUUUUGUGGAUUCAUUUCCAAAGCUGAAAAUUUGGUACCGACAGCAUCAGGCUUGUUUAGCAUCAACUCUUUCUGGGCUUGUCCAUGGUACUCCAGUUCAUCAAAAUGUAGAUGCUCUUCUCAACAUGAUGUUUAGGAAGAUCAAAAGGGGAAGUAAUCAGUCCAUAGGUUCUGGAACAUCUGGAAGUAGUAGUUUAAGUACUUCUUCCGGACCUGGAAGUGAUGAUAGCUCUGUUAGGCCUAAGUUGCCUGCCUGGGACAUCAUGGAAGCUGUUCCUUUUGUGGUUGAUGCUGCUCUUACUGCUUGUUCCCAUGGAAAACUAUCUCCACGUGAAUUAGCCACAGGCCUCAAGGAUCUGGCUGAUUUCCUGCCUGCAUCUCUUGCAACUAUUGUGAGCUACUUUUCUGCUGAAGUAACACGUGGGGUUUGGAAGCCUGCUUUUAUGAAUGGAACUGAUUGGCCAAGCCCUGCUGCAAAUGUAUCGACUGUAGAAGAAAAUAUCAAGAAAAUUGUUGCUGCCACUGGUGUUGAUGUUCCAAGUCUUGUUGCAGGAGGUAGCUCUUCCGCUGCACUUCCAUUACCCUUAGCAGCCUUUGCGAGCCUCACAAUCACAUAUAAACUUGACAAAGCAUCCGAACGCUUCCUCAACCUUGCCGGUCCAGCUUUAGAGAGUCUUGCUGCGAGUUGUCCAUGGCCUAGCAUGCCAAUUGUUGCAGCCUUGUGGACACAAAAGGUGAGGCGGUGGACUGAUUUCCUUACCUUUUCUGCAUCACGCACUGUCUUCCACCACAACAAUGAUGCGGUUGUUCAGCUUCUCCGGAGUUGUUUCACUGCAGCACUCGGUCCACCUUCCAGCCCAAUAUCCAGCAAUGGUGGUGUUGGCGGCCUUCUUGGCCAUGGGUUUGGUUCUCAUUUUACCGGCGGCCUCUCCCCUGUUGCCCCAGGGGUUCUUUAUCUCCGAGUCUACAGAUGCAUUAAGGACAUUAUUCUUCUAACAGAGGAGAUUCUCUCUUUACUGAUGCUCUCAGUUAAAGAGAUAGCAGCAAGUAUUGUCUCCAAAGAGAGGUCAGACAAGCUGAAGAAGGCCAAGUGUGGGAUGAGAUAUGGGCAGGUCUCUCUUGCUUCUGCAAUGAUGCGGGUGAAGGUAGCAGCUGCACUUGGUGCAACAUUUGUAUGGUUGUCAGGGGGUUCAGGUCUAAUCCAGUCUCUAAUUCAAGAGAUGCUACCAUCUUGGUUUAUAUCCGUGCAUGAUUUGGAUCAGGAAGGAGGGACUGGAGGUAUUGUAUAUAAGUUGGUGGGUUAUGCACUAGCUUACUUUGCAGUACUCUGUGGGAUGUUUGCCUGGGGAAUCAACUCAACACCAGUGUCAAAGAGACGACCGAGGGUCAUUGAGUCCCACAUGGAGUUCAUAGCGAGUGCUUUUGAUGGGAAAAUCUCUCUUGGCUGUGAUUGGGCCUUGUGGCGUGCAUACGUGUCGGGUUUCUUAGGGUUAGUCGUCGAAUGCGCACCAUGUUGGGUGCUUGAGGUGGAGCUGGAGGUGUUGAAAAGGCUGAGCAGAGGGCUGAGGCAGUGGAAGGAGGAUGAUCUUGCUCUUGCUCUAUUGCAGAUGGGUAAAGUUGAGGCAAUGGGUGCAGCUGCUGAAAUGAUUUUGGCAAGUGAAUGAUAGCAGUUCCUUCUCACAUUUUAAGUGCAUUAUAUUCCAUGUACAUAUGUUUUGUUUGAAAUGUUUGUAAUGAUUUGGUUUACAUGUUUGUGCAAAUGUGAGAGCCCCAAGGUUCUGGAAACUAACCCUAGCACUUUAUCUCUAAUUUCCAGUGGAAACACUGUCCAUGCGGUUAAUUUACAAACAUCAAGAAAAGUCCUCGAGACAAAAACAAAAAAACAAAAAAAAGAAAAAAGAAGUUACAAGCAUGUUGCUCUAUAAAGUUACUUGAGAGCAUUUAAAUA